AAAUGGGCAGGGUUUGGAGACAUUCAACAGCACGAUUAAGUGUAUUUAAGAAUAUUCACACAGAGGUUAUUCUUUAAAGGAUAUAUUGACGUCUCCUCAUUACAAAUGAAAUAAUGAAGAUACUGAAUUUGAAGAUCUGUCUGACACUGGCUGUCAUUCUCUUUCUCGCAGAUAACGGAUUUGGUGCUCCAGCAAAAGGUAGAUAUAUGUGGGUUAAGUGCAGGCCAGACGCCACGAAUCCCAACUGUGAGACACAGAGGGGUCCAUGGAUGGACUUGCCUGGGCCUCCUGACAGACUCCCUCCAUUUGCAGUAAAGGAUAUAGUGCUGGAAGAGGAUGGCUCAGAGCUAGAGCAGUCAGGCGAAGGUUCUGACACUGGAAUCCUCUUCACUGAGCAGGGCUCUGGCAACCAGUUGGCCAGCGCAGAUGUGGAUGGGAUUGACUACUCUAACUUUGUUUACCCACAGAAAAUGACCAUGGAUCAGGCUCUGCCUCGUGCUCGGGAAUUGAAAGAGGAUCACCUGAUCCUGUAGCCUGCUAGAAUGCAAAAUAUUGAAAUGUUGAUGUUAAUCCGUUUGUGUAAAAAUAAUUGGCUCUUGCAACCUCUCAAGAUUACAGUAGCACAUGCUUUUUGACCCAGUUAUUGAUGCUUGGCUGUGUAAAAUUGUAUUUAAUCUGAUUUAGGUAACUGAAGUUUAGUUAUUUUCCCAUGGAACCAGAGAUUAAAUUAGUCUUCCAUGUGUUUUAUUCUGUAUUUUUAUUAUUAUUUAUAAUACCAGCCAAGAAUGUUAAUAAUUGUAUUUUUAAACAUGAUUUUCAUGGGUAUAUCAUGCUUUUAUUGUUUUACAUUUUAGUCAUUUAGCAGACGCUUUUAUCCAGAGUGAUUUACAGUAGUGAGUGCAUAUAUUUGUUUACAUUUUAGCACUGGUCUCCUGUGGGAAUCAAACUAACAACCCUUGCAUUGCAAGCACCAAGGUCUACCAACUGAGCCACAAUGAAAACUAUAAGAUAUAUUGUGAAACACUCCAUUUUCAAAUAUACUUUAUUCAGAAUUUCCACGAUGGUCACAAUCUAACAUGAUAUCAUUCCGCACUUGUAUUUUCUCACCCGAGCAAAAUGUUUUGACAAUUUGAAGGAUUAAAUAAACAUAUGUUUUAAUCAUCCAA